CGGCGGGUGCUGGAGCAGCCGGGGGCCAGCAGCCGCCACGGCCACCGCGGACCCGCCCGCACACUCGCGGACCCCGAAACCACCGCUCCCCGGCACCGUCGCCUCUGGCCAGGAUGGCUCCUUGAGUUUAGCCAGGGAGGCCAGAGAAGUGCUGGAGAUCUCGGUCCAAGUGAUGGUGGAACCUCAACAGAGCUGCCACAAGGAUGUCUGAAGCCAAGAACCUGAGCUCCUCUUGCCUCGUGCUUUCCUUGCUCUCUUUGCACUGGGCUUCACUCCAGAUGAGCCAAGCUUUUCCCAGCACCUCUGACUACCUCCAGCGGGGCUGGCAGCGGCUGCUGGAGGAAGGGGAGGGCUGUGCUGAGUGCCAGCCAGAGGAGUGCCCAGUGCCACGGGGGUGCCUGGCUGGCAUGGUACGGGAUGCCUGCGACUGCUGCUGGGAGUGUGCCAACCUGGAGGGACAGAUCUGUGACCUGGACAACACCAACCACUUCUAUGGCAAAUGUGGGGAGCACCUGGAGUGCCGUCUGGAUGCUGGGGACCUGCAGCAUGGAGAGGUGCCUGAGCCCCAGUGCGCCUGCCUCUCCCAUCUGGCACUCUGUGGCUCCGAUGGCAAAACCUAUGCCCAGAUCUGCAGAUUCCUGGAAGCUGCCCAUGCCCACCCUGAUGCCAACCUAACUGUGGCCCACGAGGGUCCCUGCGAGUCAGAGCCUCAGAUCACCUCUCCUCCCUAUGACACGUGGAACAUCACCGGGCAGGAUGUCAUCUUUGGCUGCGAGGUCUUCGCGUACCCCAUGGCAUCCAUCGAAUGGAGGAAGGAUGGCAUGGAGAUGCUGCUGCCAGGAGAUGACCCCCACAUCUCUGUCCAGUUCAGAGGUGGCCCCCAGAAAUAUGAAGUGACAGGCUGGCUCCAGAUCCAGGGUGUGCGAGUGACGGAUGAAGGCACCUACCGCUGCUUCGCCAGGAACAGGGUUGGGGAGGUGAUGGCCUUAGCCAGCCUCACUGUCUUCACACCAGAUCAGCUUAACCUGACAGACUUUUCCCUACCGAAGCCCCGGACGACACCUGAGGACUACGGGGAGAGUGAGGAGGACUAUUACUGAGCCCAGAGAUGGGAUGUCCAGCUGCAGAGAUCACCUUGCCCAUGCUGUCUUUUCCUGAGAGUCAGGGACAUUUCUGGAGCAAGCACCCCUCAGCCCAAAACUUCUCUGAACAGUCCUGAAACAGCAGCCUCUUUUUUGGGGGGUGGGGGACAGAGUAACAUGUCCUGUUGAUGGGGUGCUUGGGAAGGGGACACUGGCUGGU